AGUAAUAACAACUAAGUGAAUAUUUUUUUAGUACAAACACAUACACACUCACUCUUGUGAUAGUAAAAGAAGAUCAUGGGAAACAAGGUUAGCAUGCUUCAUUGUGUCCCUAUAAAGACAAAAAGAAAAACAAAAGGACAAAUCCUCACAAUUCCUACAUUAUCUUCCCUCUCUAAUUUAAGGCUAGACAAUUCUAUUGAAGCCAAUGAAACUACUAUUGCCACCCCUCUUCCCCUACAAGAAACCCCAUUUUAUGAUUGUCAAAUUUGUUAUGAAUCAAAGCCUCCCAAUUUCAUUUUCAACAUAGAGGGUUGCACUCAUUUUUAUUGCACACAAUGCACUAUGCAAUACAUAGUGUCAAAACUUGACGCCAACCAAAUCAACAUUUUUUGUCCUGAACCAGGAUGUUCUGCAGUAUUGAAUCCUCGUAAUUGCAAACCAAUUCUACCAAACAAUUUGUUGAAUUGGUGGGAAAAAGCUUUGAUUGAAUCAAUGAUACCUGAAAAGAACAAAUUUUACUGUCCAUAUCAUGAUUGUUCUACACUUUUAAUAUUGAGUGAGGCCCAUGAUAAUAAUAAUGACCAAGAAGCAGGGGUGGGGAUAAUUAAAAAUACACAAUGUGUGUGUCCACUUUGCAAGAGAAAAGUUUGUGUUAAUUGUAAAAGUCCUUGGCAUGUUGAUAUGACUUGUACUAAGUUUCAAAAAAUGAAACGUAGUAAUCAUGAUGAUUUGAUGUUGGAUCUUGUUAAGAAAAAGAACUGGAGAAAGUGUCCAAAUUGUGGCCGUAUUAUUGAAAAGACUCAUGGUUGCGGGCAUAUGCAAUGCUGGUAUGUUCAUUUCAUUUCCCUGCUUCUUCUUUUUUAUCUACAUAAUGUUUUUCCUUUUAUAUAUUAUCGAUUUGGAUGUGUAUGUCUUUGA